GUCUCCAGGAACUUCAGCAUGCAACUCUGCUCUAGGACCUCAGUGUACCCCUCUUCACUGCACAAAUACAUUUGGAAAUGGAGCUGGAGGAGACGUACAAAGAAGGGGAGAACAUGGAGGGGAGAAUGACUCGAGCAGCAGCCGCCAAGUUGGUGAAAAAAGCUUUUCUUGAAGCCCUGAAGUCAAAUGACUACGAAACACUGGAAGAGCUCUUGAGCCAGGAGAAAAUAGACGUGGACACAGUGUUUGAAGUGGAAGACGAAAACUUGAUUCUGGCCUCCUACAAGAAAGGGUACUGGCUGCCCAGCUACAAAUUAAAAAUAUCCUGGGCAACUGGACUUCAUCUUGCUGUCAUGUAUGGGCAUCUGGAGUGUCUUUUGGUCCUGCUAAACCACAAAGCUACCAUCAACUGCCGGCCCAACGGCAAAGCCGCCAUCCACGUGGCGUGCGAACUGGCCAAUGUCGAGUGUCUCAAGAUCCUCUGCAGCCACGGGGCUAAGCUGAACUGCUUCUCAAUGAGUGGGCAGGCACCCCUGCACUUCUGCACGUCGCGCACCGCCAUGCCGUGCGCCCAGCAGCUGGUUUGGAGAGGAGCAAACGUGAACAUCAAAACGAACAACCAAGAGGAGGAGACCCCCUUGCACACAGCUGCGCGCUUGGGUAUCCCUGAGCUCGUGGCCUUUUACGUGGAGCAAGGGGCGCACAUCGACGCUGUCAAUGCCCACAUGGAGACGCCCCUGGCCUGCGCCGUCUACUGGGCCCUUCACUAUAAGGAUCAGAUAUACAGCCAGGACCACCACCUCAUUUGUCGGAUGCUCUUGGACUAUAAAGCUGAAGUGAAUGCUCGUGAUGAGGAUUUCAAAUCACCGCUCCACAAAGCUGCCUGGAACUGUGACCACGUGCUGCUACACAUGCUGCUGGAGGCAGGGGCAGAGGCCAACAUCAUGGAUGUCAACGGCUGUGCGCCCUUGCAGUAUGUCUUAAAAGUGACACCCGUGCGGCCAGCCGCGCAGCCUGAGAGCGGCUACCAGUUGCUGCCGAACCAUGGAGCCGCUAGGAUAUAUCCUCUGCAGUUUCACAAGGUGUUACAGGCCUGUCAUUCCCAUCCGAGAGCCGUGGAGGUGGUCAUCAACUCUUACGAGCACAUCAAAUGGACCUCCAAGUGGAAGGCAGCCAUACCUGAUGACGUCUUCGACCGCUACCGGGAUUUCUACGACUCCCUGUUUGCCGUGUGCAGCAAUUCCCCACGGUCGCUCAUGCACUUGUGCAGAUGCGCUAUCCGGGAGGCGCUGCUGGAAAGGUGCCACCGGGCCGUCCCCUUGCUCGCCAUCCCGCUCGCCAUGAAGAAGUACCUGCUGCUGGAGCCAGAGGGGAUCGUCUACUGA